ACCAUUAUAUAUUUCUCAAUGGGAAUCGCUCUGCAUGUGUCUCAGCCUUAUCGUGUAGAAGGGAAAAUGGGGCAAGUCAAACUGCACUGCUCCUUUAGUUCAAAGUUUAAGCCACUGGAAUUACAGGUAUCUCUAUAUAAGGGCUUGCAUGGCCAAGAGAAGAUCUGUUCGGCCUAUGUCAACCUCUCUGAGCCCUACUUUAGAACAGAUGGUGCAGUCCAUUGCAGAGGGAAUAUAAGCUCUGGAACAGUGGAUAUGAUCAUCAAUGGACUCAAAGGGGAAGACACAGACAUCUAUCGCUGUGAGACAGAGAUUUUGUACCCACCUCCAUAUCUCAGGAUGUUUGGAAAUGGCACUAUUGUUUACAUACAAGAAACCCCAACCUGCCCUACAUCAUUUCCCCAUAGUCAGAGCCAAACCGAAGAGCGGACAUCUGUCAUCGAUGAUGGGGGCCCACUUCCUCUGCUAUAUGCCAUUCUAAUAAUUACUUCCUUCAGCUUUAUUCUACAGAUAAUGAAGAACAUAUGGAAAUGGAGGGACAAUGGGUCCAUGACACCGAUGGUUUCACAAAAAGAGAGCUAUAGACAAUUCUAAGGGGGUAAUCUCCAAUUGUUUGCAUUCACAUGUACUCACAAGUAAUCCCCUCCUGCAUGUAAUCCCAUGUACAGUAAUUUAAUCUUCAUGUAAUUUACACCUGAUCACAUGUAAUGUAAUUUACA